GUUUGUUUGUUUGAUUGUUUUUUUUUUUUCCUUUCUGAUAGCAGUGUAUAGAACAGGUAUUUCAUUGUGAGGAAGGAGUGUGUACAGUACAGCUGUUUAUUAUCUCUUCCCACUUCUCUUCUUGGUGCUGUGGUCAGUAAGUGAGGUUUUGCACAGAAGCCUUGAAAGUGUUUGUAUUCCAUUUCAGCCAGGGUUGCUGCAUAUGUUAAUGUUCCCUGUGUGGGAAAACAAUGCCAUGCCUUAGGCUAAGAACAAUAGAAUCAUUUAUAUUUGUAAAGACCCUUAAGAUGAUCGAGUCCAAUGUGCCAUGGUUUGACAGUGCAAUGAGCUGCUCCCCAUGCCCCUGCUCCAGCUUGGAUUUACCCAUAGUCUGCAGUGCCUUAGGGGCUGUACCUGCUUCAGGUGGAGCCAUAUCUGUGAGCCACAGUCUCCUCAGGGCUAUACCUGCCGCAGCAGAGAUUUACUCAGGCACAGUCCUUCAAAGUGCACGUGCUCCACAGUGGCCUGCAGGGCCACAGUCCCUCCAGAGGUGUGCCUGCUGUGGCACAGUCACAGUCACAGCCACCCUGAGAGGUACCUGCUCCCACCAUCUACAGGUCACAGUCCCUCCAGCUCGAGUUCACAGUGCAGCUCCAGCCUGUGCAGUGCAGCAGCACAGAACUGGCAGUGAUGCCCUGCCCACCUGCCAGCCCAGGCCACCGCUGUGCCUGUUACCAAAGCAUUCCCAGGCACAGCAGGAAGCUGAUAAGAAUGAUGUUCUUCAUGUCUGGUUUUCAUCAAACAAUAACUGGCAAACUGAAUGCUGUGCCAGCUAACAGUAGUAAUUCUGGGAUGUAUGGAAAUGGUGGCAUGUGGGCCUGGGCAGAGAGAGCGCGUAUUUUCUGGAGGUUCUCCAUGGUCAGUGUCCUGUCAGUAUUUUCUCCUGCAUGAGCUGGGAACAUAGAGGUCUCUGGUCAGCCUGCAACCAUGCUGUAUUUUGUAUUUUGAAUAGUUGGGUUUUGGGGGGUUUUUAAACAAUUCAUGUGAAGCUCUGGGGUGUAUUUCAUAUAGUCAUUAUGUUUUCUGGCACUCACAGAAAUAAGACUGAGAGUGUUUCUCAUGUAAAUCAAAAGAAUGUGCUCAGGACAAACCUUGAACAAAUAUUGACUUCCUUUGGCCACAGCAGCCAUGCACUCAGUAUUACUUGAGCACAAGCACAGAAGUUGAGGUAUUACUUUCCCUGUGGUGUCUGUCUGCAGAGCUCUUGUGUCACCUGUGGUCUGUGCUGCAGGUGCUGCAGGACUGUUCUGCUGGCCUCUAAUCUUCUGUAAAAGAUAGGUCUUCUAUACACAGGAGCAUACUAGGUUGUUGGUAUUUUCUUACAACAACUGAACAUUCAAAGAUGUGGCAAAAAAAAUGGGGUUGGUAUUUUUCUAGCAGAUGAGUUAAAAAAAAAAAUCCCUGCUACUUUAAAUUCAGCAUGUUCCAAAGCUGGUGCAUGGUGCAUAUAAUCUACUAAGCAGGAGACAUGCUGUUCUUCAAGGGAAUUUAAAAAAAAUUUUACUAAUCCCCUACCCUAGGGAAAUACCUUAAAAAUCCCCAUCUCCUCAGACUAGACAGCAGAGGGGCUGAAAAGGGAACUCUAGUGAAUGAGUUGCAAUAUCCAGGUACAUCCUCAUUAAUAACACCUGGUACUGUUACAGUUUGAGUGGCAGGAGACCUUCCAGUGUAACUCCUUCACAUUCACUCUAAUAGGAGCUGCAGCAGUUUAAGUGCUCCAAGCUGAGUGAAUUUUUGCCUCUGAAAGACAGAUUUAAUGAGAGAAGCCAAUUUGCCAAACACAGUGCUAUCAGAGAGCACUGUCUAGCUGCUUCUGUGCUUUCAUGUGUUCCUUUCAAAGGUCACUUUUUAUCUAUCCAUCAAAAUGGGAUUUUAGGAACCAAAUUCUCUGUACCCAGUGAUAUCUUGCUUGGUUUAAUUAUUUUCCCCCUCAUUCUGAACUUCCUUAGAGUUGUGAUGCAGGGUUUAAACUGAGGCUGCAGCUGAAGCCUGAGGGUACUUAGCACUUCAUAGAAUAGGAGGAGAAUGUCAGUUUGAAAAACAAGGUUAAACAACAGCAGUGUUAGGUCUUAAAGGAUUGAUACAUUCGUUCAUUGUCUUGUGAUGCUUUUUAUAGUGAUUUGCUUUUGGUUUUGGCUUUCUUUUACUUGCUUAUUUUGUUUUUUAAAGUGAUUAUUUGGUUGGAUAAAUUUUUGUGAAGUUCUUCUGGUCACUGGUCAGCUAAUCUGGAGAAAAAAAAUCAUUGGUCUUGUGUUUGGAUCACUUCUGAUUCCCUGUUUUUCCCUUCUCUCUUAGAAUUAUUUUCUUUUACAGUCAGUGCCCUUUUGUAUGAUAUCAGGAUGGAUUUUGCUGGGUUUGAUUACAGGAAGGAAUGUAGGCCAUAAAUAGAUGGUAUAUAUACUGCUAACACUAGGAAUACUGAAAUAGCUCAUCUCAAAAGACAGGGAAAACCCAGCCAGCUGGCCAAGUGCCAGGAGGUUGCAGGAUUGACAGUUACAUGUCAAGCCUGAAAUGGGGAUUAAUGGUAGGCUGUGCUCUAAAAAACAGCAUGCUGAGCCCCAGGAGAAAUUCUGCAGGAGCAAAUCCAGGAAGAGCCAUGUGCUGAUGCCUCAAUGCAGUUUUGCCUUUCUCUUGACUCCUCUGUCCCCACAAGGUUGUGGCAUUCCCAUAUGGUUUGUCUCUGUGAUCCACAUGGACUGGGCUAGCUGCCUUCUCUGCCUUCAUGGAAUGUACUCAGGAGGGGCUUGUCUACACAAGUCUGUUUGAAGGAAACCCUUGUUGUUACGCAGUCAGCCUUUUCUGUACAGCAAGUUAACUGCAAGGGCACUGAUAAUUUUUGCAGAAGAUGGUGGUGGUUCUGUGUUUCUUCUUUUGCAGGAGUAGAAUUUUCCAUAUCUGCCGCUCUGGAGGUUAUAGCCAUAAGUUACAGCUAUUCUUUGGUGGUGAGGAUGUCACUGCCCAACUAAAGAAACUUGAUUAAAUAACAUAGUUUGUACAUGGCAUGCCUGACACUGCUCCUGGAGCUUUCCAGACUUUUCAUAUGGGCAACCUAUGCUGCUGUUCUCAAGAUCAAAGGGCAGAAUGGGGCCAGAAUUCUGCUUCUGAAUUGCUGUGGCACUGUACAGCAGACAAGUGGCUUCCAAAAGCCCUGCUCUGCUAGAGUGUCACCCACCAUUAAAACUGUGAAAUACAGUCAAGUUUCAUAUAAGGAGUUUUUUAUUACCUAGAAUACUUUUACAAUUAUGAUGUGAAACUAGUUAAAGCAGAAAAACUGUGGAUCAGUUUUUUCUGUGGAUCAGAAUUCAGACGCUCCUGAAAGAAAUUGUCCUUUUCCCAAAUGGAGAAAAAACAGAGUGUAAAGUGUGGGGUUUGAGUUUUUCAGUUUGCGCGGGGAUGGGGGGUGUCCUUUCACAUACAUUUUUUCUUCCAAGGUAUAAAAUAAUAAAAUUAGGGGGAACAUUUGGUGCUAAGAAAGAGUGGUUUGGUGGGAGAAUACUGAAGGAUUUUCUCAUUUGUCACUUGGUCUCUUCCCUAAUAACAAUAUCAACAUUUGGCCAUUAGCUGUAUGCACACAUACUACAGUGUUUGUCAGGAGUUUCACUCUAUUUAACUCCAGAGAAUAAUACAAUUAUGUAUUUAUUAUUUUUAGUUUCUGUAAACAAUUAAAGGGGCUCUUUUCUUCAAACAUGAGUAAGCCAAAAAGUGUUAAUAAAGGCAUUAUGGAAGUAGUAAAUUCUCCCUCUGUUCCAGUUAUAAACUGCGUCAGCCAUUAAGUUUGCAGCUCACACAGUAAGAAGCAUCCCUGGUUCACAGAACUGAGAGAGUCACAGACUCUGAGGGAAAGACAGGCUUUCUGCCUCACCCUGGGACAGGUUUGUGUACCCACAACGUGGCUGCAGCACAGGGAGGUAAAGUGGCUUUCAAAAUUCCUUCAAUGUAUCUUAAGGCAGGGAGCAGUGUCCCAGAGCAUGGGUCAGUCACCUUGGCCUCUCUGAAGGAACAGAUGAGUGUUUCUGUGCCACUCCAGCUCCCAUUUAAUGAAACCAUCACCAGCUGCUUUUUCUUUGCGCUUAGGUCGUGCGUCUGACCUCUCUUCCUCUUGCUCACGAAGGAGAUUGUGGGGUUUAGAGGGCAGCUCCACCUGGCAAAUGUCACAUGCUCUCUGCUAGUGUGGCACCUUAGGUGACUGUCUACCUAAGCUUCAGGCAGUGAGUUAGUGGUCUGAUUCCCUCCCCCUCAAUCUGGUGCACCUGUCCUGGCAGCCGGGUGUCUCCCUGUCCAUCAGUCGGGUGUGCUGCAGGCUGGGAGCAGGGGAGGUGAGCACUGCCACUGCCUGCGCUGCCUCAGCUCUGUGCCCAGCUCACCACCCUCAGCUGUGCAGCUGCAUGAUCAGCACUUGCUGAUCAACUCCUGGCUUUCAAGAUUAAGAGAGAAAGGUAAAGAAGAAAAAAUUGGUGCGCUGCUUUAAAGAAUCAGUUGCUUUGUCGAACACAUCAUGGGAAAGAAACAGAGGGGCAGCGUACUUUUUGCAGCAAGGCUUCCACACACAGUGACAUUUCCAAGGUACAGUGACAAGCUCACAGGCUGAAGAAUGAAUCAAAGGCAAUCUCUACAGUCAGCUUUUGGACUUUUACCAGAAUCAAGGAGAAGUACGCUCUUAAGGGUCCAUAAUGUGCAGGAUUGCAUAUUCACACAGAAUUACUUCGUUUAAACUUAUCAGGACAUCUUGUUAAAUGGGGAAGUGAUUACCCUAUAGACUAUGACAACAGGGUAUGUGAAUGAAGGAAGUCUUGGAAAAUACCGCUGUUCCAGGUGGGAUCACGAGGACAGCAGAGAAGAUGAUGGACACCCGGAGUGCCAUGAAGGAGAUGAAGAGGGCAAACAGCACAGGCUGACCCCAUUUGAGAAACUAAUGCAGGACAUGUCUCAUAAUGAAAAAGUGGUAAAAGAAUUAACACUGGGAAAGAGAAUUGCCUUCUAUCGAGUCAGAGGAGAAAUAGGAAGUGGGAAUUUUUCACAAGUGAAGCUUGGAAUUCAUUCCCUAACCAAAGUGUUUUUCUUCUCAGAGAAAGUUGCGAUUAAGAUUUUGGACAAGACAAAGCUAGACCGGAAGACUCAACGUUUGCUGUCUCGUGAGAUAUCGAGCAUGGAAAAGCUGCACCACCCAAAUAUCAUCAGGCUGUAUGAAGUGGUGGAGACACUCUCAAAACUGCACCUGGUGAUGGAGUAUGCAGGAGGUGGGGAGCUCUUCACUAAAAUCAGUACAGAAGGAAAGCUGCUAGAAACAGAGUGUAAAAUAAUCUUCUCCCAGAUUGUGUCUGCUGUGAAGCACAUGCAUGACAAUAAUAUCAUUCACCGGGACCUGAAAGCAGAAAAUGUCUUCUACGCCAGUAACACCUGUGUUAAGGUGGGAGACUUUGGAUUCAGCACAAUAAGUAAAAGAGAUGAAACUUUAAAAACUUUUUGUGGCUCUCCUCCUUACGCUGCUCCUGAACUCUUCCGAGAUGAAAACUAUAUCGGCAUCUAUGUAGACAUCUGGGCACUGGGAAUCCUCUUAUACUUCAUGAUGACAGGUAGCAUGCCAUUCCGGGCAGAUACAGUAGGCAAACUGAAAAAGUGCAUUCUUGAAGGGACAUACACUUUGCCUCCCUGCCUCUCAGAAAAUUGCCAGAAACUGAUAAAAGGAGUGCUUCAGCCAGUACCAACCAAGAGAUACUCUGUCAAACUGAUUAUGAACAGUGAAUGGAUGCAAGGAAUACAGUUCCCCAAACCUUUACAGACAUUUAAACUGGAUCCGAAAUAUUUAUCAGAUAUCAGUACACUAAAAGAAGAAGAAGUUGAAGUGAAAAAUAUUCUGGAAGAUCUGGGAAUCACAGAACAGCACAUUCAGAACAACCGGGGAAGAGAUGCACGCAGCUCCAUAACGGGGGUCUACAGAAUCGUGUUGCACAGAGUACAGAAGAAAAGGGCACUUGAAUCUGUUCCUAUCAUGUCCCAGCCAGAUCCAAAAGAAGACGACUCGAGGAACGGAAUUGCUUCUUACAGUGGCAUUAAACACACAUCCAAGCUGUGUUCUAUUUUAUAAAAUUGCACUGCAAGCUUUAUGCUCUGCACAUUUGACAAAGGGGAUUAUUCACUUAUCCUUAAGUUGUAGUGUUUCGGUUUUUUUUGUAAUUUUUGAAUAAACCAAAAAUGCCUCAUUUUCUUUGCAUGUCUCAAUUAAGAGUGAAGCACUCAAAAACAGAACUCUUGUGCAUUUGUUUGACCCUUUAUCCAGAUACUUGGUACUAUGUAUAGCCUGAGCAAGAACCCAGUAACUGCAAAGAUCAUGAGUGGAGGGGAUCUCUGAAUAAACAGCAUGCUACUUCACUUAACCCAUUUGGGAGAUUCUCUGCACAAACAUGUAACAGCCAACUUCUGAAAGCUGUACCUAAGCUCAACACAACUUCCACCACUGCAAACCAGGACAGUUUUCAGAGAACUAAAUUUAAGCAGAGACCAGACUAUAAUCUAAACAAUUGCAAAUUCUUCUUUUGAACUUCCUCAUCAAAUUUUUACAAGUUAGUUUUUAAAAAGCAUUUUAUUUUCUUUCAAGAAACAUCAAAGCUGUUGGUGGCUGCAGUUCCCAGCUUGUCACGAUUCCAGAAGACAAAUCAGGAUUCAGUACUUUAACCCUGUAUGUGUGGGUGCCUGACUGAUUGGGCUUCCAUCAGUUACCCCUCUGAUGCCUUCCACUGCUUGCACGAUUCUGCCACUCUGGAACUGCUUGGACUCCAGCUGCAUUCCAAUAAAGAAAGAUUUAAGCAUACUCCAAAACCCCUGUAGUUUUAAGUUCUUCACUUAGCCCUUGUUACCAGCAGCUGAAUGCAAGCAGCAGCAAAAUCUGCUUAUGUUCACUGAGCGUUACAGGCUUGUGCUCACUCCUGCUGUCCCGCUUUGGCAACCAAAGCUCACACAAAGCUGAUUGUGACACUGUUAAAACCUGGACAGUCUGACAACUCCAGCUGUUCUGAGCAUCACCAAAAUGCAGAUGCUCUGAUUUUCAGCUUUAGUCGCUUAUUCCAUGCUUAGAUCUUCAACAGCAUCAACUCUAGUGCAAAGGACAAGUGUGGCAGCUGUUCUCUGAACAGGGGCAGCUGACAUGCCUCAGCUAAGAGGUGGAACCUUUGAGUUUAGCUAAGGGAAGAUACCCAACACAAGGUGUGCAGAGGCACAGCUGGUGCUCUCACAUUUAAAGGCUAGAUGUCUUCUCUGUUACGACACCAAUGAGACAAUCAUUUCACUUUAGAGGGAAAGAUUCAUAUAAAUGAGCAGUGGGAUGACUCUGAAAGGCCAUGCAUGGGAAACUGGACUCAGUGAAGCUCAGGUGUGUACAAAGCAAGAACCAAACCUCCUUCACAGAAUUUCUGAGAGUAAAUAAAACAAUACCAGUAUUUAUAAACCAGUAAUUAAUUCAAUUUCAUAAAGUGGUUAUUAAUUCCUCCACUAUAAACAGUUUCCAUAUAAAACCAUUUUAAGUUAUCUUGAAACAUGGCCCUGAUAAAAUUGUUUUACACCAGCCUAAGCAACUCUUUUUUCCACUUUUGUAAUGGAAUUACUAAGCAGAAAAAUGCAGAAUGUCCACAUAGCUUGUGACCCCACAACUCCUGGAUUUUUACCAGAGCCAGUUUCCUCUUUCCUGUUAAAGAAAAAGAAAUCCAUCCUAAAAAACCAACAAGUCAGCACUAGUCCAGCAGGUUUCAAAUAUCUCAAACUUUAUUUUAAUAAAUGAUCAGCCUCACAGACCUGUGAGGCCUGUGCCAGUAGCUCACUUCUUGGCUUGUCCACUGCCAGCAAUGGACUUUGUUCCAUGACAGUUUGUUUUACAGGUGCCAAAGUUAAGUUUCAAGAGGGCAACCUAAACCAAAAUACUUGCAAACACUAUCAUCAUGCAUUGCUCCAUCAUUUUCAGCAGAACAAACAGAUUAGUAUUCAUCAAUUUAUAAUAAACAACUAUUUUACCAAGGCUUGACUGUACAAUACAGCAAGUUAUCAAAUCCUAGUGAGUGACAGGUAAUACAAACACUUCAUUACACACACAAAAAAAUGUAAUUAACAGAAAUAAUUUUUUGCUACUUUAUAUUAGAUAAUGUAGCUUCGUAGAAUUAGCAAAGAAAUAAAUUCAAUGAAACGUCAUUCUGUACAUUAGCUCAACUUAAAUAUAUAUAUACAUAUAUAUGUAUAUAUAUAUAUUACAAGCUUAAAAGGCUCAUAUCAUAGUUCAUUUCCAAUCUGGGCUUUAAAAAUCUACCAGAAUGGACUCCCCAUAACCACUGUAAAUCUAUCUACUGCUUGCAAAAUGGAUAGCUUUAGCUCACACACUAGGGAAGGGGGGAAAGAAAUAAAAGACUCCACUCCUACAGUAUUACCAAUAGUGAGAAGGACUUCAAAGUACAAAGCCAGAUUCAAAGCUAGAAAGAGUCUUUUGGAAAUGUAUUAUAUAAAAGACAACUAAUAGGCUACAGUUCCAGACAAAGUGAUAAACAUCACUCUCUUCCUUUGUUUGCCAAUUAAAACAGCUCCCAAUAGCUCUAAA